AUGGUUCUAGAUUCUCCGUUGUUCAAGAAUCAUUUGCUACAGCAAAUUGUUCCUAUACUUAUAAUCAUAGGAUUAGGUUAUUUAGAUUUUGCAUGUGGCUAUGCCUUGGGAUAUAAAGAAAUCUAUCGACACGAUUCAAAGAGGAUAGCAGUUACACUAUGGUGUUUAUUGGGUAUAUCUAACUUCAACACAUUACUUUAUUGGGCAUUAGUGUUUAUAAUUGGACCGGGAAAGGCACCAAGUUUCCCUCCGUUGAAUAUAUAUAAUGAGCCAGAAAAUGAUGAAUUGAUCCCCCUUCCUGAUUUAUUCUUCUGUGAUGAACUGGGAUAUCCCUAUUAUUGUUCCCAUUCCAAAUCAAUCAAGAUUGAACGAAGUUUCUUUCUGAAACAUGUUGGAUAUAAUGUUCUUAAAUUUGAUCAUUAUUGUAUUUGGAUUGGAUAUCCAUUAGGUCAAGCAAAUUAUUUGGUUUUUAUUAAAUAUAUGUUUUGGUUCUUGAGUUAUUUUAUCAUUAUAUUGGUGUUCACGGCAAUGUAUACCAGAGCUAGUAUAUCACGUGGUGAAAUUGAUCAUAAUUUUAUUGUCUUGUUAUUUAUGAGUGGGUUUUGGAUCAUUAUGAUUACAACAUUGUCAAUUGCACAUUAUAGAUAUAUAUGUUUCAAUAUGACCACUCUUGAUGAUCUUGCAUUGGGACAAAGCAAAAGGUAUAAUCAUUGGAAAUCUCGUGGAGGGGUUGAUUCUCUGGUGCGACCUCCAACUAGAAUAGAAACAGGAAGGAGGUUCGUAAAUGUCAAGAAGGGGGAUAUGCGAUACAUAGUCGAAUAUAAUGUACAAGAGAGACCAUUCGAUAUGGGCAUAAAGAAGAAUUGGAUGAAUUUGAUUCUAAACGGAAAUAGAAAUCAUGGAAAAAGUGAUGAUUGGUACAGUUAUCUAAGAUUGAGGCUUGCUUUCUUCGUGUUAAUAGUACCGUAUAUUGAUAUUCCACUUUGUUUCCGACUGAGACGUGAUGGGACACUUAAAAUUAAUGAUAAUGAAGCUGUAAGAUCGAAACCGGAUGAGUUAUUAAGGCAAUACGAAUAUUAUUCUGAUGUUGUCAAUGAUAAAUUCAGAGAAUUCAUUAAUAGAAAGAUUGACGAUGGGGAUUGUUACCCUCCAAGAUAUUUAGGAAAACAAGAAACAUCUGUUAGUUCUGAAGAUGUUCAAUAG